AUGGAGGCUCUGCUGUCCCACUCCUUCGACUACCUUUCCUCGAGCUCCCCUCAGAAAAUCCGCAAAGGCCUCCGCCAGGUAGAAGGCUUGCUUGCACAAUUAUGCCUGUCCAGGGCCAGCGACGCCGCCAACAGACGCCAGUCGAUGCUACUUCUGGGAACAUCGACCCCUUCCUCGCCUCAUUCGAAGAAGCUUUCAGAGCUGCCCUCAGAUCCCGCCUUUCGUGAAUUUUUCAAGCUGCAACAGAGUUUCCAAUGGAACAUUUCCAUGAGAUUAGUUGCAAGUUUGGAAAGACUCCUAGGCAAGGAAAGCAAUGGGACGAAUGAUCUUUUGAUCAUUCAGACACUGGACCUGAUCCAAGGAGUCCUCCUACUCCAUCCACCAUCGCGAGCAUUGUUUUCGCAGGAGAUAUAUAUGAACCUCUUCCUGGACCUCCUGGACCCCUCCAACUGUCCUGCCAUCCAAUCCUCCACAAUCAUGGCCCUGGUGACGUCCUUACUCGACAAUCCGCAGAAUACUCGUACAUUUGAAUCCAUCGGCGGUCUGCUGGUAAUCACGUCUCUAUUCAAAUCUCGAGGGACUUCCCGCGAAGUCAAAUUAAAACUGGUCGAGUUCCUUUAUUUCUAUCUCAUGCCCGAAACUGCGACACCGAAGAUCGUCAGCUCCACAUCCGCAACAAACACCGCGAUUUUGGGGGGAAGGGGCAAGGAGGUCAUAGCGGCAUUCGAUCGCAGGAGAGGGGAGACCGUGAAUGGAACCGACGGCGGUGGCGCGGUUGGAAAGGGUGCGAAUGGAAAGGACUCUGAGAGUACAAGGACGACAGAGGAAAAGCAGAGUCUGCUGGGAAAGCAUUUGAGUAAUGUGCAGGAUCUGGUGGAAGAUUUGAGGGAAGGAGGAGGUGUCUUUGGGGUGGGUGGUAUGUAA